UCAUUUGUUUUCUUCAUUGUGAAAUUUGCAAAACGGCUGAAGUAUUAGAAAAAAAAACUCAAAUGGCUUCGUGGACGGAAGUAUUGACAAAUGCUGCCAUGUUUGUGAUAAUCCAAGCUCUGGCGUUUCUGAUCAUCUCCACUUCUUCCGACGUAUUCUCUUCCAAGAUCACGAUGAAUAAACAGAAGACAUCUUUUGGCUUCAAACUCUCUCGUUCUAUUUCCCAGUUACGCGCUUUGAUCUCCGAUGAUGUCUCUCGAGUCGAUGAAGAAGUAGCAGAAGAGGAAGAAAGCUUCCUCUCACGGUCUCACCUCUCAUAUUAAUCGUUGAUUUCUAUUUCCAUGAACAUUGAAUUGUAUUUCAGACAUUUUACUUGCCAACAGACACAAAACAUUCGAUUUUUCUUUUC